AUGGCGACCAUCGUAUCUACCGUACCUGAGGGGCCUGCACUCUCUCUCCUUGAUAAGAAGGAGGAUACUGCUGUGACUGUCACUGAAAUCAAGGACAGUUCCACACCCUCCACAGCCCCUGAGUACCGAAUUGUUACUGUGCGCAAGCCUGAUGGCAGCUUAGCGAAAGUGAGAAGGCCAGUGCAAAAGGCACCAGCUCCAUCACCCGGCCCAAAGGAUGAGAGCAAACCCGUUGACAACUCGCCGCCUGCCGCCACAGCCCAAGUGUCUAUUCCGACGGAGACGAGUCGAUCAAUCGUUGCUCCGGCUUUCCAGCCGCAACCCACUACUCCAGCAGUCGUCCAACUGCACAUCAUCUCAAAUGCCCCGUCAGCAUCCGCCGCAACACCCGUCCAACAGGCUGCCCCGGCACAAGCCCCGGCACAAGCCCCGGCACAAGCCCCGGCACAAGCUCCUGCUGCCCCUCCAGCAAAUGCCCCUUCGGCUCCGAGCCAGGCAAAAGAUGCUCCAGCUCCAACCCCAGCCGCAGCUGCUAGCCCGAGUCCUGCAACGGUUGGUGUCGGCGUCGUGGCUGGCCUCACAGCCCUGAGCGCAACUAUCGACUCGAUGACGAAGGGAGUUGGACAGAUCCACACAAGCACGAGCGCCUUUGCUACGGCCACCGGCAUGGUCCCGGCCAGCACCACCCCAGCCGCUGUGGUCAGCCAUCCUCUCGCAACGGCUUCCCAGACAGUGACUGCCACGCCCGGCGCCGGCGUGGGCUUCGUGACUAAUCCGGCCCAGUCAGCCACAGCCAGUGUCUCGCAAGCGAGUUUCGCACCGGCUACGGCAUCUGCAGCAGGAGCCACCUCGGCCGCAGCGAUUCAAGGGGUCUCUCAGAGCAGUGGAGGGCACCAGCAGGACACGGCGGACGCUGAUCAUGCCGAUGACCACGGUCAACAAGGAAAUGACCAUGACGAUGCCCAUGAGGGCUCGGGAGACCAUGAUCAUGAUAAGGACAUUGGUGAGUUUGAAGAUGGAGAUGAGGAAGUGGAAGGCGAGGACGAUGACGAGCAUGACCAGGAGCAUGACAAUGAGAAUGAAGCAAUUAUGCAUACCGAGGAGACGGAGGACUUCCAGGAGGGAGAUGAGGAGAUUGAGGAUGAUGAUGGAGCUAAUGUUGAUGACGAUGUAGAGGAGUUUCAAGAAGGAGAUGAAGAGUUUGGGGAAGACGAUGGAAAUGACAAGGACGAUGAUGUUGAGGAUUUUCAAGAUGGCGAUGAAGAAGUCGACGAUGGACCUGAUGGGGUUGAGGAUGACAAUGACUUGGCUGAAGAUGAUUUAGAUGACGAUCUGGACGAUGACUACGACGACAAUGAUGCUUGA